CUGGAAGGGACUGGAAAGUAUUAUUGUGCGCAUCGCCAGCUGAGCUGGUCCUUUGAAAAAGUAUUCUGUCUCUGUUUUCCUCGAAUAAAUCGCCCAGGAAAAUCCUCUUUUUAGUGCGUGACAGUCAUCCUGGUGAAUUACAUCUCAUGCAAUCCCCUGUGUCUUUGUAAAGUGAUUAGUUACGCAUUUCCCUCUUUGGUCACCCUGUGUGUCCCCAUAAAGUCCAUUGAGAAAUCCCCUCGAUUACUAUUCAAUUUGUGCUCCAAUUGCCAGCAUUUAAGUGUGAUGCUUGUGACUAGGACAAGCACUAGGCAGCAUUUAGUGGUGUGACUUUGUGCGUUUGCCCAGCGAAAAAAAAGAUUAUCGGAUGUUUUUCCUCUGGCCGGUGACCUUAACCUCAAUUUCUGUUUUUGCAGUGUUUUUUUUCUUCUGCCAAGAAGAGUUUCUGUGAUUUUUGCAUCCGGAAGAGAGAAUGACCGAGUCUGAGGGAUACAUUGGGCAGUUGGCGACAGCUGUGGGGGCCACAGAGCCAGCACUGAGACUCCUGCUGUCCAUUGUCUUUGGCUAUCCGUUGUCUCUGGUGUACAGGAAGUUCAUCUGGGACUUACCUGAGCUCCAUCAUCAUGUCUUUAACAUCAGCAUGGGCCUGGGGAUUUGCUAUUUCAACUACGGAUUUGACAUUUAUCACAGUAUUUUGGCCAUCCUGGCCACUUUCAUCCUGAUCCGCGUCUUGGGACCUUCCAGGAAUCUCAGACUGGCAUCAUUUGCCUAUCACAUGGGACACUUGCUCUUUGGCUACGUUCUAACGGGAACAGAUACUUACGAUAUCAAAUGGACAAUGCCUCAUUGUGUCCUGGUUCUGAGACUCAUUGGACUGACCUUUGAUGUCUGUGACACUUUCGGCAGCCACAAGAAAGGCGAUGAACCCAAGGAAAUGGACGUCUAUGGAAUCCAUAAGUCUCCAAAUCUCCUCCAAAUAGCCUCGUACACUUACUUCCCAGGAAGCUUCCUGGUAGGGCCUCAAUUCCCCUAUCGGCAAUAUGAGAGAUUCCUGGCCAAGGAAUUCGACAAAUACCAGGGCUACAUUGACGCUGGCUUCAAGAGAUUCUUCCUCGGUGUCUUCUACCUGGUUGUCUAUCAAAUUGGCAAUAUGUUCGCCUCUGACGCCUAUCUCCUCUCCCCCGAAUACGCCUCAUCCGGAUACUUUUCCAGACUGAUUUUCCUGGGCAUUUGGGGCAGACUCACUCUCUACAAAUACAUGUCCAUUUGGCUUCUGUCCGAAGGCGUCUGCACUCGCUUCGGGCUGACCUUCCGCAGCGCCUCGAAGCUGGAUCAUCCGGAUGAGGAAGACUGGUCAGCCGGGGAGAAUGUCAAGGUUCAGAGGCUGGAAAAGGCCAGCAAGUUCACGCAUUACAUUGAGAGCUUCAAUGUGGCCACGAAUAAAUGGGUGGCCAGGCACAUUUACAAAAGAUUGAAGUUUCUGGGCAGCAGGGAAAUCUCUCAGGGGGCUACUCUUCUCUUCCUGGCCAUCUGGCAUGGAUUCCACAGUGGCUAUUAUGCCAGUUUCUUAAUGGAGUUCAUUGUCGUCUACAUUGAGAGAAGUUUUCACACGAUUGUUAAGGGCAACGAGCGUUUGAGACGCCUUUUGGAUCAUCCCCAUCUCCAGCCCCUCUACUUCGUCCUCCUCAAGUUUUAUGCAAUCGUUGGAAUGGGCUGGUGCCUCACGCCAUUCGCCUUCCUCAGCUUCAGCAAGUACUACGCCAUAUUCCGGGCAGUUUAUUUCCUGGGAUACGUCUUUUCCCUUGUCUACAUCCCAAUCCACUUCCUUCUCAAAGCCAUCUUUCCGCGGGAAAGAGCGAAGGCCGAGAAGAGUCAAUAGCCAUGGAGACAGCCGCAAAGUCUGAGGAGCACCUGGGCUUCUCAUCCGAGCCACAGCAACAGCACACAGUACUUAUCGCAAGUAUAAUUCAAUAGACAAAGUAAUUUAGUGAGUUCAUUGUACAAUUUUCAAAAUGUCAGUCUCUUUCUCUAGCAAAAAACUAGUCGCAAAAAGGAAAAGUACUCAAGAAAAGAAAGUGUUUUGAAAGAAAACGAUUAAAAUUUGCACAGAGAAUUUCUUCUUUCUCAAAUAUAUUUAUUUCUUCGUCUCUGAUGUUAUUUAUGAAUUGAAUAAAAGAGUAAUUGGACGUGAAA